AUGUACACGUUCCAGGAGCUCCAGCUGGACAGUGAUUCCUUGUUAGUAACCAAUCGGAGUCUUGCAGAAGAGAGCCUUUCACAACGCCCUCACCUUCAAAACGGCAAGCUGCAGUUGGCUGCAAAGUACAAGGAACUGGCAAAACUGACCACUGCCUGCAGGGAAAAGCAAAGCCGACUUGAGGUCUUCACGGAGAAGCACAGCCCUCAGACUGCCCACAAUCUGCUCCAGGAGGAGGUUGCACGUGCCGAGGAACGGUCUGAGGAGUUGCUGGAGAAGUUCAUGGAGGGCCACGUGCCCCUGGAGGAAUUCCUUGAUUCUUUUCAAAGCCACAGGAAGACGUACCAUAUCCGCCGCGCUCAAGCCGAGAAGCUCCAGGAGCUCAACAGACCCGACAGGAAAGCGAAGAAACAGGAGGAGGAGCUGAAGAGGGAGGAGGAACAUAAGGAAUCCCGGCCAAACGGCAUCAGCGCACACGGCCCUCCUCGUGUCUUCCAGCUCAGAUACGGUCUGACCCCGGCCAUCCUGCUUCCGCUUUCCUCUUCCUCCGCUUCGGUCCUACCUUCUCUGGACUCACGCUCAGGCCAGCUGCAGGUUUCAGGGCCUUGUGCCCGUCACUCGUGCCCCAGGCAGCCCGUCGGCCUGAGAGUAAUAGGACAGUUACCCGGGUGGCCGGUGAGACCGGUCCGACUGCAGCAGCUGUACAGGCCCAGUCCCCAUCAGCCCGAACCUCCGUGUCGAUAACGCUCGGCAUCGUGAGUUCGGCAUGAAAGCGAAGUUACGCAAAGACCACGUGAAGCCUUCAUCGAGACCAUAUGUAAAAAUGAUGCUGCCAUGAAAUCAAACAUUCAUGUACCCAAAAAGGGAGGAGAGCGGAAAGCCAUAAAGUAUUUGUUAAUGUCGCUUGUCAUUGUUGCUUGUUCGUUUAACUUCGUUCUGUUUCGUAUUUGUGUGGGUUUAGUCAGGACGUGGCAGGAGUUUAGCUGCUGUUUGUAUGAGGGAAGUGCCCUGUUUCUUAAGACACUGCUUUUUGACUGGAAGGUCUUUUGGGCGACUGAGGAACUUGUAAAAUAGCCCCUUUUUGUAAUGUUAUGGGUGUUCAAUAAAGUCUAAU